UAUAAUACGUAUUAAAAAUACUUUUCAGGUAAUAAUUCACACAGUACGAACAGUAACCUUUGCAACAUUUUACACAUAGGGAUAAAAAAAUAUAAGUACGAUGCGGCGAUAAAACGCAGUGUUGACUUAAACCGUAAAAAAAGAAGAUAGAUAAAAUUUUAUUGGUUACAAUGAACAUAAUCGAAUUUUGUAACGUUUAAUAAAGGCACUUAAAGUAUAUUAAGAACUAUAUGUUGUCUUAUCUACUACAUUUCGUACAAGCGGGUGGUGCACCACACAAUAUACAUGAAAAGUGAUACAUGUACAGGGGAAAUGGAAGUGGGGACUGUUAAGAUCGCUGAAGACAGCGACUUCUUCAUGUUGAGAAACUUGAUAGACAACAACGAGGAAUGGAAACUAGAAUACAACAAGGGGGACGAAUCAAAGGUCUGGACGCACACAAUUUGCUCAAAAUCAAACGUACAAAUGGUGAAAAUCCACACAGAGUUCGAAAAGGUAUCGGCGAGCACGCUUUUCGACGUCCUCCACGAUCCCGAUUACAGGAAAGAGUGGGACACCCACAUGAUCGAAUCCACCGAAAUAGGAUACUUAAAUCCCAACAAUGACGUUGGAUAUUAUGCCAUGUCAUGUCCAACACCCAUGAAAAAUAGGGACUUUGUCUUACAAAGGUCCUGGCUAGAUAUGGGCGACGAAAAAAUGAUACUCAAUCAUUCGAUUUACCAUAAGUCGUAUCCACCAAGAAAAGGAUACGUAAGAGCGAUAUCGCAUUUAACAGGUUUUCUAAUAAGACCGUCGGACAAGGGUUGUUUCCUGGGAUACGUGUCACAGACUGAUCCUCGCGGUAAAAUUCCACCCUGGCUUGUGAACAAAGUGACGCAGAUUUUUGCGCCCAAACUCGUGAAACAGCUAAAGAAAGCUGCAGAGGGUUACCCGAUAUGGAAAGCUAAACAGAAAGAGCCAUGCUACAAACCGUGGAUCUAUCCAGAACAAACGUUGCUCUCUCCCAGGGUAAAAAUAUGUGAUGUAAGUGAAAAACGAAUGUAUUUCUCCACUAGAAACGGAUUCUGCGAGAGACGAUGACACUGAGGUUGAAAUGGUACAUGUAUGAUGACCGUGUGACCUGACGGUUGCUUAUUUAAAAAAGUGUUCUUCUUAUUCACGAAUUUCGAAAAAGUAUUAUAAUAAUAAUUAUUAUUUUAUAUUAUAUAUUAUAUUAUAACAUUGUUAACCUAUUUGAUCCUUCUAGUCAAUGUAUUUACAGUCGCUUUUACCGCUUCUUCAUAUAAUGAUAUGAAUACAACGAAAACAUUACAGUAUUACAACAAAAAUACAAACGUAACUUUCACUUAAAGGCAUAUACACGUACAUUACAUUUAACAUUCGUUUGUUUUAUAUAAUAUAAACGUUUAUAAUUAUUUAUUUAACCAAUAUUACCCCAUCAUACACAGACGUUCGUAUUACAGUACCACCCAACAAAAUUAUCACAAGAAUGAAGAAUUCAGCCGAAAUUACACUUUAAUUAAAGUACCUGCAGUGUAAAUUCGUUAUUUAUAUCGAACAGUUCUCUCUAUAACGUAGACUCGCUUAAUAUCGAGUAGUAAAACAAACACUUGGUCAUCAUCAUCAUAGUCUAAUUUAGA